AUGGCCGCCGCGGUGCGGUACCAUGGCCAAAAAGUGCCUGGUGUCACUUCAGAUGCAGUGAGCUCUUUGCGAAUUUUGUCUGCAGACCUGGGCCCCAUAGGUAGGAAUUCGGAUUCAGAUUCGGAUUCAGAAGACGCACCUUUGUUGGACAUUGCAGGUCCACCUGGAGGGUUCAGACGUCACCCUCAAACUGGUUCGUCGUCAUUAUUCAUUCAAGCCAACCACACUACCUACCACUCCUCCGACGAAUCCUAUCUCUUCGACUUCAUAAUGGAGAAAGUCAAGUCGACGAGACUGGCCCAUUAUGUGGACAGACUGGCGGUGGAGAGCGAGCCCGGCUUGACCAACUCUCAGCUGAUGUUAAACAACCAUGACUUGAAACCGGUGGAGCCAGAGAGAAGACAAUGGGGUCCUUGGAACUUUGUGGGGUUUUGGGUUGCUGAUUCCUUCAACAUCAAUACAUGGAUGAUUUCCUCCUCCAUGAUCGUGGUCAGCGGCACCAGUGGCGGUCUCUCAUGGUGGCAAUCCUGGAUCUGCGUAUGGCUAGGAUAUACCAUCGCAGCCUGCUUCGUCUGCCUCACAGGACGAAUCGGAGCGACCUACCAUAUCUCCUUUCCAGUCGUUACACGCGCCAGCUUCGGAAUCUGGGGGGCUCUAUGGCCGGUUUUCAAUAGAGCAGCCAUGGCGUGUAUCUGGUACGGAGUCCAGGCAUGGAUUGGAGGAGAAUGCGUCCAGCUUAUGAUCGCCGCUAUUUGGCCAUCAUUCCAGAAAGUCCAUAACGGCAUUCCCAAUUCGGGUACCAAUACCGUGGCCUUUGUCUCGUUCUUCAUUUUCUGGCUCUGCUCGCUCCCAGCUAUCUGGUUCCCAGUCCACAAAAUCAGACACCUGUUCACAGUCAAAGCCUUCGUCGUCCCAACAGCAGGCAUUGCGUUCUUCAUCUGGGCCAUCACUCGAGCGCACGGCAUUGGACCUAUCGUACACCAGCCAGCCAAAGCUACAGGCUCCAAACUAGCGUGGGGCAUGGUAGCAGGCAUCAUGUCCGCCAUCUCCAACUUCGCAACACUCAUCGUCAACGACCCGGAUUUUGCGCGUUUCGCACGCAAGCCCAGGGACGCGCUCUGGUCCCAACUCAUCACCAUCCCAGCCGGCUUCGCAGUCACCUCCUUCAUCGGUAUAAUCGUCUCCUCCUCCUCAACCGUAAUCUUCAAAGGCGAGCCGAUCUGGAACCCACUCGAUCUCCUCCAAUCAUUCCUCGACGAAGGCGGGUCCAAGAACCGCGCCGGCGUCUUCUUCAUCGCUAUGGCAUUCGCACUCGCGCAACUCGGCACGAACAUAGCUGCGAAUAGCGUGAGUGCUGGUACGGAUAUGACUGCUCUCCUGCCACGCUAUCUGAAUAUCCGUCGCGGAGGUUACGUUUGUGCGUUAGUAGGCUUGGUAAUGUGUCCCUGGAAUCUUCUCUCCAGCGCCAACAACUUCACGACGUACCUCUCAGCCUACUCGGUCUUCCUGUCCUCCAUCGCCGGCGUCGUCGUCACCGACUACUAUUUCGUCCGUAAGGGCUACCUCGAAAUCAAAGAACUGUACUCAGCCAAGAAAACCUCGCCCUAUUUCUACAGCUAUGGAUUUUCGCUCAGAGGCUAUGCUGCGUAUAUUGCCGGUAUCCUUAUCAACAUUGUUGGGUUCGUGGGCGCGAUUGGAAAGCCCGUGCCAAAGGGCGCAACGUAUAUCUACAACCUGAAUUUCUUCUGCGGCUUCAUAGUUGCGGGGGGUGUUUAUUGGAUUUUGUGUAAGAUUUGGCCGGUUCAGGCGGCAAGUAUGGUGUGGAUGGAGGUUGGGGAUGAGGUGUUGGAUCCUAGGAUGGCGUAUGGGAACGAGGGGUAUGACGAGGAGAGAAUGGCGGGUGAUGAGGGGGAUAAGGGGGAGGUUAGGGUGGGGAAGACAGAUGUGAAGACAUAG